ACCUCCUCAUUUCACGCUUGUCUUUCCAUCCAUUUUCCCCAAAGUCUCAAUCCCAAUCCUUCUUUUUUUUUAUUUAUAUAAAUAAAUUCUUUCUCUUUGUAACGCACCCCAUUUUCAUCCUUCAAUCUGGAAUAUACCCUUUUCAUUAUUCUUCAUUAUAUUAAAAAAAGUUAAUAAAUUAGUUGGGAAUUAAUUAUUCUGAUUUUCCAUUCCCUAUAACCAUGGGGCAUCGACAUGUUUUCAGCCCAUCCUAUAUUUUUGAGACUGAGAAUGAUCAGAGGUGGAACAUGACAGAGCAUCCUUAUGUGCAUACGGCACAUAGUGAUGCUGUUGAAAGCAGUUCUCAUACUUAUCCAGAGAAUAACAUGUCGAUAGACGGAGAACAGUAUUCUAUUCAAUGUAUUCCCGCUCCCGUGUCAAAUUCAUAUUCUUCAUUAGCUCAUAAUGUCCAAACCCUGCAUUAUGAACAAGACCGUAUUGGCCCAUCAAAUCUCCUUACAAGUCCUGAAAAUAAUGGCAAUUUUGCAUCUUCAUCCAACUAUAAUGAACAUCAUGUUCAUCAGAAUGAUUCUUCUGAUAUUAGAGGUAGUAACGGAAGAUGGCAUUAUAAACGUAAAACCCCUUGUGAUCCAGCUGAUAAUCAUGUUGGCAGUUCAUCUGAAAUCUCUAUGCGUAGUGACCCGUGGGAGGAAACUUCAAAUAUGGAUUUUCUUCAUACCCCUUGGGACUACCCUAUCAUGAAGGGCGGUCAUGGUGGUGAAAGUUCUUUCAGGAAUGUGAGAAGCAGGGUUGCGCCCAACAGUCCGUCACAUGAUUGUACAACCAGUCAUUCCAUGGAUGUUUUUCCUAGUGGGUCAAUGAGGGAGUGGAGCCCAACUCAUAUCUCUUCUUCUAUAAACGGUCAAGAGUUAAAUCCCUUCCAUGUUGAAGGCAGUAGCUCUAGCCAGAAUGGUCUCAUAACCAGAAGCAAUCAUGUUCAGGGUACCCAACUGCAAUCUAUUAGAGGAACCCGAAGUAAUUAUGUACAGAGGUCUGCUCCAACUUUCAGAGCUUCCUCAAGCACCUUGCAGUUGGGGCAUUCAGAUGAAGGACUGCGGUUAGCUCCCGAGAGUCAUUCUUCUCGGCUCUCGAGACCUUUACCCACCAUAACCUGGUGCUCCAGUGAUCGGAAUGCACGAACAAGGAUGUCAAUCGAGAGAUACCGAUCAUUUUAUGAGGUGGCAAAUUUUCGUGAUCAACCUGCCCCGUCUGAGGGUCUUGUGAUUAUGGAUCGAUCAGCCUAUGUAUCUGGAAAUCCAUUAGAUCAUCAUCAGGACAUGAGGCUUGACAUAGACGACAUGAGCUAUGAGGAGCUUCUUGAACUUGGGGAAAGGAUUGGAAGUGUCAGCACUGGCCUGUCUGAGGAUCUGAUCUCGAAAUGUUUAAGAGAAUCUGUAUACUGCUCUUCUGAUGAAAUACAAGAUGAAGGAUCAUGUGUGAUCUGCUUGGAAGAGUAUGUACACAUGGAUGAUGUUGGGAUGCUAAAAGGUUGCAAACAUGAUUUCCAUGUCGGAUGCAUCAAAAAAUGGCUGUCAAUGAAGAAUUUGUGUCCCAUUUGCAAAUCAGAACCCAUGAAACACAAGUAAACUUAUUGUCAUUAUACUGUAAGUAUGUUAUUAUGUAAUUAUUAGAAGAAAAAAAACAUUCUCAAAUGGAGGACGGAGAAUGUUGGUGCUGAUGAAUUUCAAUAAUCUUAUAACAUUUUACAUUGGCUGCCAUUAAUAGUUUGUGUUUCAUC